ACGACGGUGGAUGAUGCUCUGCCACAAGCUGCUGCCUAAAGGCAUAGCGUCACCCGGACCGAAUUAGACAAGCAGAAAUAGCCCGAGUUAUUGCCGGCGCUAUUCUUUCGCUUAGCUAUCGCAGGUGCACGUAUCUCGAUAAGAAGGAUUCAUCGUUUCGAAUAUAAUCACGUUACCGGAAUCAUUUUGUCCUUGAAUGGCUUGAAGAAGAUCGUAGGAUGCAACGUGAAACUUGUCGGGUUACAAAAGCAGGGAGAAAUUACGAAGUAGUUUAACGAGAACACGCUGACGUUCGAAAUUUCACAAAGAAUAAAUACUAGCUCGUUGGUCUUCGUGAAAAUCCGUGAAGAUGAAGGGAUGGUUCGAUGCUUUCAGAAACGAUGGUGGACCGACUCUCUAUAGUUAUAGUAAUCGUACACCCGUCACUGGCGAUGUUGCUCUUGUUAUCGUCUUCGUUAUUUUCGGUACAAUAUUCACAGCUUUUCUAGUUAUAUUUCCUGGUAUACGGAAGGAAAGACUAACUACGUUCCUGAUCGUAACCCUGAGCCUCUUCGUUGGAGCUACGAUUCAAGUCGCUCAGUAUGGUUCAUCUUGGCACACCAGUUCGGCAACCAUCGUUAGUUCGUACAGCGCUUUCUCCAGACAUAGAACCAGAGCUCAAAUCGGCGGUUACAUUGGACUCAUGCAUAUCAACAUUACCUACAAACACCUACCAGACAGUGAACACACGAACGACGAUGUUGAGUAUAAUGAGAGAUUCUCGUGGCGGGGUUCUAAUGAAAUGACGAGUGCUUUCAAACAAGCGCUCUAUCAAGGAGCUCCCUUUCCAAUCGUUUCCCUGGCGGAAUAUUUUAGCCUUCAUCAGGAAGGAUUUUCUUGGGGUAGCAAAUAUCGUGAAGCUGGUUACUAUGCGUCUAUAAUGCUCUGGACGUCUUUCGCUUCUUGGUGUAUGAUGAAUUUAUUGCUUAUGGUCGUACCACGUUAUGGUGCAUACAGUAUGAUCAUGACAGGAUUGUGUAUGCUCUCCACAAACCUAAUUUAUUGGGCGUUACUACCUUGCGAACCGUUAAUUGCUCAUAUAGACGGUUCGAUUCUCGCCUUCGACAUGGGCUGGAAUUAUUGGUUGGUUUUGGUUGCAGGUAUCGGAUGUCUUUUCGCUGGGACAGUGGUGACAGCGAUCGAUUUGAUAUUUCCUCAUCAAUUUUCAACCAUACUCGAAGUUGAUUAUGACACUCCCUAUGACAGACAUGUUAUCAUCGAAGAGAGUUUCGAUACAAGAAAUGUUAGAAGAAAAUUGCCGAAAAUUGAGGAUUCCUUGGGCGAUCGUAUCAUGAGUCAGCUGUCGUCGAAGCUUCAAAACAGAAAUACGGAUCGAGAGGAUACGCAGGGUGUAAUAAAUAAAACUUAUGCUCCUCACAAAUCCUCUGACUUUCAACAAGAACGUAACAAUGAUGAUCCUAGUAAGAGCAAUUGGUCUUAUCCCUUUCCUCCGGCGCCAAGAAGGAUGGUGAACUCUUGAUAUUUGCGUUGAAUUUUAAAAGAAAUAAAUGUAUUUUAAUAUAUAUAUACGCAACUCGCUCAAUAAAAUUCGAAACUAGCUACGUAUACCUAA